CUUUUAAAAGUCCUCUGUCCCAGAACCCUCUCAAUUUUUGGUUCACCAGUUUUUAAACAAAUUAAAAUCCUUCAGCAUUUUUUUUUUUUUUUUGGGGUUUCAUUGAAACAAACAAUUAUGAGUUCUAACGACGAGGAAGACGAAAACGCCUUCGACGAAUUAGGUUUGGGAAUCAAGGUCACGCUCAUCGCCUUCGGCUUUUUGUUUGUAUUGUUUGUGAUCCUGAUCUUACUCCAUUUUUAUGCCAAGUAUCUGAAGAGACUCCAAGAAAGAAGCCGCGGCCGAGCUUCAUUGCAUAGGCUACAAACACAGAUCGGUGAUAUUGCACCGAUUGAUAUAACCUUGGUGCAACAACCACCGCAACCCAAGAGGGGUUUGGAACCUCUGGUAAUAGCCUCACUGCCUGAAUUCAUAUACAGGUCAAUGGAACACAAAGAUAAAGGUCAUGAAGUUGUGGAGUGCUCGGUUUGCUUGACCAACAUCAACGAUGAGACCACGGUGAGACUUUUACCAAAUUGCAAGCACAUGUUUCACUUAGAGUGUAUUGAUAUGUGGCUGGGUUCGAAUUCCACAUGCCCUAUUUGUCGGGCUGUGGUUGAGCCCAUAAGGGCCCAGGAGGAACCUGAGAAAAGUACCGAAUUGGAUCAUCACUCAUCUGUAGGAGGAGGUGGAGGAAGAGUCCAACCCACAGCUCCGGCUAUAGAUGAAAAUAUGGUCCAAGUGAGAUUGAGCUCUUUCCGGAGGAUGCUUAGCAGAGAAAGAUCAUCUAGGAGAGUAGAUACUUGUGAUGAAGAAUCUGGAAGAGAUGAUUUUUAGAGAGGCAGUGAUUGCUGUAUAGCUAGGCCUUUAGGUACUAUAUUUUAUAAACUUUUUUUUUUUUUGGGGUAUUUUGUGAUUUAAUAAUUUUCAUGAUAUUGUUGAAAAUUUGAAAUUGAUAUAAUGAAUUAGUACAAGGUUAAUUUUCAAGUUCAAUGAUGCAAAAUUUUUC